AUGUUACCGCUCUGCUGUCUUGUUUCAAUUCUUCCUCUGCUUCUUCGUCUUCCAGAAAAAGCCCUAACCUUAAACCCUCCGCCAUCUCCAGCUCAAACCCUUCCCUUAAACCCGGAUAAUUCCGAAACCAGCAAUUUGUUCCCUGAAACUUCUCUGCUGCCGGAAUAUCUCUUUCGUAAUAUAUAUGUGUAGUGAACCAUGAAGAACAAGGACCUGAAGAGGAAGAAAGCUUCUGCUCAAAAGGGCAGCAAAAGAGGCAAGACGGGGUUUUCGAUCAACGAAGAUCCGUUCUUCGACGCUGAAUUGACACGCAGCAGGAGAAAAAUCGGCGACGACGACGAAAUACAGAGCAGUGAUGAGGAGUCCCAAGAAUUUUUGGACGACGAGGCGGGAGGCGGAGAAGAGAAAGAGGAGGAUGAGGAGGAGGAAGAGACUGCUGCCGAGAAGCGGAAGAGGGUGGCGGAAGCGUACUUGGAGAAGAUAAGGGCGAUAGCGAAGAGAGAGAAGGAGGAGGAGGAGGAGUAUGGGGUGAGAGAUGAUGGUGAGAAAGAAGGCGAGAGGGACUCGCUUGUGGCGCAGAUUCUACAGCAGGAGCAGCUCGAGGAAAGCGGCCGUGUUCGCAGAUUCAUUGCUUCUAGGGUUCAAAAGCCAGAAAGUGCCGAUGGAUUCCGGGUCUUGGUGAAGCACCGGCAAUCAGUGACUGCUGUAGCUCUUUCUGAAGAUGACCUAAGGGGAUUUUCAGCUUCCAAAGAUGGAAUUAUUCUUCAUUGGGAUGUAGAUAGUGGGAAAGCUGAAAAGUACCUUUGGCCUAGUGAGGAAGUAAUAAGGUCCCACGGCGCAAAAGAUCCACAUGGCCGAGCUACAAAGCACAGUAAACAAGUUUUGGCACUUGAUGUCAGCUCAGAUGGCCGUUACUUGGCCACUGGAGGCUUAGAUCGUCAUGUGCAUUUAUGGGAUACUCGAACUCGAGAGCAUAUUCAGGCUUUUCCUGGUCAUCGAGGACCUGUGUCAUGUUUGACAUUCAGACAAGGGACCUCGGAAAUGUUUUCAGGGUCAUUUGAUCGAACUAUUAAGAUAUGGAAUGCUGAAGAUAGAGCUUACAUAAACACAUUAUUUGGUCACCAAAGUGAAGUUCUAGGAAUUGAUUGCCUAAGGAAAGAGCGGGCUUUAACAGUUGGGCGCGACCGGUCUAUGCACUUGUUUAAGGUCCCUGAGGAAUCACGCUUAGUAUUUCGUGCUCCAGCAUCAUCUUUGGAGUGCUGUUGUUUUAUAAAUAAUGAUGAAUUUUUAUCGGGCUCGGAUGAUGGAAGCAUUGAGCAAUGGAGUGUUCUGCGAAAGAAGCCUGUUCACAUUGUAAAAAAUGCUCAUGCCUUGCUGUCACCUAACAUGUUGGAACAGAGACAUAAUGAAGGAUUACCGAAUGGUCAUAUAGAUUCCAAUCCUGUGGCAAAUGGCAUCCAGAUUCCUGGGAAUCAUUGCUCAUCGGCAUAUUCAUGGGUCAGUUCUGUCACUGUAUGUAGAAGCAGUGAUCUUGCUGCUUCAGGAGCUGGUAAUGGUUCUGUUCGUCUGUGGGCAAUUGGUAGCGAACUUAAAGACUUCCGUCCCUUGUUUGAGCUUCCAUUAGUUGGAUUUGUAAAUUCAUUGGCUUUUGCAAAAUCUGGAGAGUUCCUUGUUGCUGGGGUUGGGCAGGAACCCCGCUUGGGAAGAUGGGGACGUGUUCCUGCUGCAAAAAAUGGGGUUGCCGUGCAUCCCCUGAGGCUCUUGUAAAAUUGAUUGGAAGUCCCCCAAUUUUGAUAUCACACUAUAACAUGAAUAUAAAAACUAAAAUGAGAAGUUGUGCAGCUGCGUUGUGGCGUCUGCGUCUACAAAGAUCUCAACGGGAAUACUUUAAUCACGCUGCUGUGCCCUGUUAUGAAUUUUGCGCUUGUUCUGAUUUUGACAUUUUAAUUCCCCCCACCCCACAAGAGGAAGAGUAUCAAUCAGAGCUGUGAUGGCUAGACUUGCUUCUCGUAUUUCAGAUGGUUCAGGUCAUUUUCUAAGGUUGUAUGAAUUUUUCACAUUUUUACAAGUUUAUUCAUAAUAUGUUUGUUGCAGUUUCUGGAACAAAGCGCUGCUUAAAUACAUUACAUGGUUCAGAUGUUUUCAUUAACGUUUAAUCAUCUGGACCGGAGCUUGUAGAACAGAGCUGUAGUUCCUGCUGUAAUCUUAUUCCUCUUUUAGAC